UCACAUGGCUAUGACAUCACAACCUGCCGAAAGCUACUCUAUUCCAGUCGUUCAUGGCCUGGAUCUGGGAGAUUCAUCUCCUGUUGCAAAGGUUCUGCACACGAUGUGAAACUCCACUAUUCAUAUGAGUGGGUCGUUCACAGGUGGAUCUUCUCUGAUGAUGAAAAAUGGAUGACAAGACUUCAGUGGGGAAGAUCAGUGUUUCCUCUGAUUCUGUGUCGACCGUAAACAGUGAAGACUUUGUGCUGGUUUAUAAGCAAGGGGAUGAAAUGCAUUCUGCAAAUAAUGGUAGUGACGAUGAAAAGACCGGACUAAAGAUUGUGGGGAAUGGGAGUGAGCAGCAGCUUCAGAAGGACCUUGAGGAUGUCCUUAUGGACACACCAGCUGAAGAUCAGGAUCUGCAUGUAAAGGAGAUUGAAAAUGCUCAGGCUGAAGAAGACCCAGUACAACCCUCAAAUGAAGCCUGUAUUACAUCUGUGAAUACGGUCAACUCAUCAUCAGUAGGACUGCAGAAACCAGACAUGAGCCUACCAGUUAAAGCAGCCCAGGAAGAAUGCCUACUCAGCACCAGUAUGUUCUCGUCAGUUCCUGAUGAGGACAGUGUCUUGUUCAGUAAGCUUACUUACCUAGGGUGUGCAUCUGUAAAUGCUCCUCGAAGUGAGAUUGAGGCACUAAGAAUGAUGUCUAUUCUGCGGGGGCAGUGCCAGAACGCACUAGAUGUUACCCUGUCUGUACCUAAUUUUUCCGAAGGAACUGUGAGACUUCUCGACCCUCAGACAAACACUGAAAUCGCAAUGUACCCAAUCUACAAGAUUUUGUUUUGUGUUCGAGGACAUGAUGGAACUACAGAAAGCGACUGUUUUGCAUUCACUGAAAGUCAUUACAAUGCGGAGCUCUUUAGAAUCCACGUGUUCCGUUGUGAGAUACAGGAGGCUGUGAGCAGGAUACUUUACAGUUUUGCAACAGCUUUCCGUCGUUCAGCCAAACAGACACCACUCUCAGCUUCUACACCACCACAAAUGUCAGACAGUGACAUUUUUACUUUCUCUGUAUCCCUUGAGAUUAAGGAGGAUGAUGGCAAAGGCUAUUUCAGUGCGGUCCCUAAAGAAAAAGACAGACAGUGCUUCAGACUUCGCCAGGGGGUAGACAAGAAGAUUGUCAUUUAUGUUCAGCAGACUUCCAACAAAGAGCUAGCCAUUGAAAGGUGUUUUGGGCUGCUUCUCAGUCCUGGGAAAGAUGUGCGGAAUAGUGAUAUGCACCUAUUAGAACUGGAAUCCAUGGGCAAAAGUUCUGAUGGAAAAUCAUACAUUAUCACUGGGAGUUGGAAUACAAAAUCCCCGCAUUUUCAGGCUGUGAAUGAAGAAACUCCAAAAGACAAAGUUCUUUUCAUGACCACCGCUGUAGAUCUAGUGAUUACAGAAGUUCAGGAGCCCGUACGUUUCCUCUUAGAGACCAAGAUUCGAGUCUGUGCAGUCAAUGAACGCCUGUUUUGGCCUUUUAGCAAAAGGAGUUCCACAGAAAAUUUCUUUCUAAAACUGAAGCAGAUUGAACGUAAAGAGCGGAAGAAUAACUGUGAUACCUUUUAUGAAGUAAUAUGUUUGGAGAGCGAGUCAGAGAGAGAGAGAAGGAAAACAACUGCCAGUCCAUCAAUCCGUCUGUUGCAGUACGGGCAACAAGGAACCAGUAUUCCCUCCCCACCAGAAGAUGAUGAAGAAGACGAUAAUGAUGAACCUCUCUUGAGUGGGUCUGGUGAUGUGUCUAAGGAAUGUGCUGAGAAAAUCCUAGAAACCUGGGGUGAUCUUCUGUCAAAAUGGCAUCUAAAUCUAAGUGUUCGGCCAAAGCAACUAUCGGGGCUUGUAAGGAGCGGUGUGCCAGAGGCCCUUAGAGGAGAAGUGUGGCAACUGCUAGCAGGAUGUCACAACAAUGACUGCCUGGUGGAAAAAUACAGACUGCUCAUUACUAAAGAGUCCCCGCAAGACAGUGCUAUUACACGGGAUAUCAACAGAACUUUUCCAGCUCAUGAUUACUUCAAAGACACAGGGGGCGAUGGGCAGGACUCCCUUUACAAGAUUUGUAAGGCCUAUUCUGUGUAUGAUGACGAGAUUGGUUAUUGCCAAGGACAGUCUUUUCUUGCUGCUGUUCUUCUGCUGCAUAUGCCUGAAGAACAAGCAUUCAGUGUCUUGGUUAAAAUCAUGUUCGAGUAUGGUCUCAGGGAACUCUUCAAACAGAAUUUUGAAGAUCUGCAUUGCAAAUUUUACCAGCUUGAGCGCUUGAUGCAGGAGUACAUCACGGACCUUUACACCCAUUUCUUAGAGAUCAGUCUGGAAGCCCACAUGUAUGCGUCCCAGUGGUUUCUCACCCUCUUUACUGCUAAGUUUCCACUAUAUAUGGUCUUCCACAUCAUUGACUUGCUGCUGUGUGAGGGAAUAAGCGUCAUAUUCAACGUUGCACUUGGAUUGUUAAAAACUUCUAAAGAUGACCUACUGUUGACAGACUUUGAAGGAGCUUUGAAAUAUUUCCGAGUUCAACUUCCCAAGCGUUACCGUUCUGAGGACAAUGCCAAAAGGCUGAUGGAACUAGCCUGCAGCCUAAAGAUUAGCCAGAAAAAACUCAAGAAAUACGAGCGGGAGUACCACAUGAUGAGAGAGCAGCAGGCGCAGCAGGAAGACCCUGUGGAAAGAUUUGAGCGUGAAAACCGUCGGUUGCAGGAGGCAAACAUGAGGCUGGAACAAGAAAAUGAUGACCUCGCCCAUGAAAUUGUCACUAGUAAAAUAGCACUACGUAAGGAUCUGGAUAAUGCAGAGGAAAAAGCUGAUGCUCUUAAUAAGGAGUUACUAAUGACUAAACAAAAGCUUAUUGAUGCAGAGGAGGAGAAAAGACUCCUAGAGGAAGAAGCUGCACAGCUGAAGGAAAUGUGUCGUCGGGAGCUCGAUAAAGCAGAGUCUGAAAUCAAGAAGAAUAGCUCGAUAAUUGGAGAUUACAAACAGAUAUGUUCCCAACUAAGCGAUCGUCUUGAAAAGCAACAGUCUUCAAACAAAGCAGAAAUUGAGAAAAUCCGGCAAAAGGUAGAUGGAUGCGAGCGUUGCAGAGAAUUUUUCAACACAGAGGGUCGUUUGAAGCCGGUCAGCUUUUUGAAGGAGAGCUGCACCAUGGAGGACACAGAUGAAGAGAAAGAGUCUCUGAAGAACCAGCUUCGGGAGAUGGAGUUGGAACUGGCCCAAACGAAGCUGCAGCUGGUAGAGGCAGAGUGUAAAAUACAGGACUUGGAGCACCACUUGGGCCUUGCUCUUAAUGAAGUUCAAGCUGCAAAAAAGACCUGGUUCAACAGGACCAUCAGCUCCAUAAAAACUGCCACAGGAGUGCAAGGAAAAGAGACCUCUUAAUGCAUCAGCACUUGUAGAAUCACAUUGUGAAACCUAAUGCCUUCUGUUGCCUUCCUUGGCCAGAUGUUUUGGUUUGCCUACGUGUAACAGGACCAGAAGAGCAGCAUGGCAGGAGUGUAGGUCUGCGUCCAAUUAUUUAGGCACCUGUGGUCUCUACUUUUCCGCUUUCACUGUACAUAUAAAUCGGACUCUAACACUUACUAAUGGGUCUCCCGUAGGAUAUAGACCCUAUAAGCAAUUGAGGCGGCACUCCGGAUAGGUUUAGAGGAGGUUUAUUGCAACAUUAGGGUAACAGCAUCGCCUUAUGCGUUUCCCUAAUGUGAAUGUGUGCUCGAAACGCGCACGGUGAUGCGGUUACCCUAAUGUUGCAAUAAACCUCCUCUAUACGUAUCCGGAGUGCUGCCUCAAAUGCUCAUUGGGAUCUGUAUCACAGCUGGGACGCUGGUGGCUGAGCACACGGAGGUUGCGGAGCUGAUUAGAGGGUUGCGGAGCUGAUUAGAGCGGUCACAUUUCCAUUGACUUUCCCGUAGGAUAUAUCUAUUUUCUUAUUGCACUUUAAUGCAAUACACAAAAUGACUCCAUAGCAUUUUAUAUCAGAGACCCCCAAAUGGUGGUCAGUGCAUUCAUUCUGUGCCUGCCUGUUUGCCCGAUCUUAAAAACAGGGAUGAAAUCACUGGAACCCUCUGACUACAACUAGGCAGACAUAGUCUUUUAAUAUCACUUAUAGAGCCCGUGAUAUCCGCAAGACUUUCAUUUCCAACCUGUUCUAAUGGAGGUUCCUGCUCUGCACCCCAAUGUGUGAAAACUGCUCUGUGACUGUGUUUCUCCAUGUAUUUUAAACUAAAAUGUAUUGCUGUA